AUAUAUAUUCCCAAUAAUGUCAGCAUGGGUUCUGCUUGGCUGCCAGUGCCGACGCUCUUCCUCAUCAUCAUCCUCUCUCAAGAUCUACUCUUCCUCUGUAGCACAACCUCUUCUCUCUCUGUUUCUCUCUCUACAUUAAUCCACUGUCUAGGGUUUCAAUGCCAUGGUGAGAUCCACCCCCAAGCACGCCUCCAGGACCUUCGUCUUCGUCAUCUCCUGCUUCGGCCUUCUGGCUGCCGGCCUCGUUGCGGAUCUCCUCUGGGCCUCUUCCAAGUCGUCCUCUGGGUACCACUCCAUUGCCUCCAAUUGGGCUUUUGACGAUUCCCGGAGCACCGUCAUUGUGCCCCACCAGCAACCCCAGAAGGCUAAGGAGGGAAGUGAUGUGAAAGAUAAGAAGAAGGCUGAUGUUCCUGAGAGAGUGUUAUCUGCAACUUUUGCUGAUUUGCCGGCGCCUGAAUUAGAAUGGGAGAAGAUGGCACCUGCACCAGUGCCUCGUCUAGAUGGUGCUGCAAUACAGAUUAAGAAUCUUUUAUACGUGUUUGCUGGAUAUGGCACCAUUGAUUUUGUGCACUCUCAUGUUGAUGUUUACAAUUUUACGGAUAAUACCUGGGGAGGAAGGUUUGAUAUGCCAAAAGAAAUGGCACAUUCACAUUUAGGGAUGGUAACAGAUGGAAGAUACAUUUAUGUGGUCACAGGACAAUAUGGUCCACAAUGUAGAGGGCCUACAGCUCGCACAUUUGUGUUGGAUACCAAGACAAAGCAAUGGAGUGACAUGCCCCCUUUACCAGUCCCGAGGUAUGCACCAGCGACCCAACUCUGGAGAGGUAGACUCCAUGUGAUGGGUGGCAGCGGAGAGAAUCGACAUACACCUGCUUUAGAGCAUUGGAGCCUUGCUGUAAAGAAUGGCAAAGCCUUAGAGAAGGAGUGGAGGUCUGAAAUACCUAUUCCUCGUGGAGGGCCUCAUAGGGCUUGUAUUGUGGUUGAUGAUCGGUUACUUGUUAUUGGUGGUCAAGAGGGCGAUUUUAUGGCAAAACCUGGAUCACCUAUUUUUAAGUGCUCCCGUAGGAAUGAGGUGGUAUUCAGUGAUGUGUACAUGCUGGAUGAUGAGAUGAAAUGGAAAAAUUUACCUCCUAUGCCCAAACCCGAUUCCCAUAUCGAGUUUGCUUGGGUUAUGGUUAAUCAUUCCAUCAUUAUCGUCGGUGGCACAACAGAAAAGCAUCCCAUAACAAAAAAGAUGGUACUUGUGGGAGAAGUGUUUCAGUUUAAUUUGGAUUCACUGAAGUGGGCAGUGAUCGGAAAACUUCCAUUCCGCGUGAAAACCACACUAGCUGGUUUCUGGAAUGGAUGGCUGUACUUCACGUCAGGGCAGCGAGACAAAGGACCAGAUGAUCCUGCACCAAAGAAGGUCCUUGGAGAAAUGUGGAGAACCAAAUUGAGCUUGUGAUCUAUUUUCGGCCCAUUCUUUCAGGAUGAUAUUAUCUGUCAAUCCAACCACUGUUCGGCCUUUGUUCAAAUCAAAUCUCUGUAUUCUUUUAGUAAAAAAAAAAAAAAAAAUCAUUUUUGUUCUCAGGCUAGUCAUCGCUUACCAUUUUUUUCUUCUUAGGGAGUCAGAAUAUUAUCAAAGUUGUCAUCUUGUAUAACUUCAAAUAUGUAUCAUAGAGCCACCUGAAGGGUAUUAACUUCAUAUAUAAUCAAGCUUGCCUCCCCCUCCCUCAUAUAUAUGGGGAGAAAUUUAAGAUCAAUUAUCUUAGCCCUUUGUAAACACAGUUUUGUGAAAUCAAAUUAUUCAAUUUUUAUA